AUGAUUGAUUAUAUAUCAACUAUUCAAUGUUAUAGCUGCGUUGAAAACGGUUUCUAUUGUCCUGUACCAUUGAAUUUUGAUGGUGGUGAUAAAAGUAGGGAAAAUUAUAUUACAAAAGCUACUUAUCCUUCAUCAUUUGUGUGUUUAAAUGAUCAUUCAUAUAAUCCAACUACUGGUGAACAUAAAUAUAUUUUACAUGGAGUUGGAAAUUGUAGAGAUAUAGAUGAACCAAACCAUCGUGUUUAUUGUUGUAAUACGACUGAUAAUUGUAAUAGAUAUGCACCAGAAAUAACCAUCAAAACAUCAGCAGAUCUUAUGUCAAGUAGUCAAAUUCAUAUAUCAUCAAUAAUACUCAUUGGAAUGAUUGAUCAUAUAUCAACUAUUCAAUGUUACACGUGCAUUGGACUCGGUAACAAUUGCCCUGCACCAUUAUAUUUUGAUGGUGGUGAUGAAAGUAACGAAAAUCCUAUUCAAACUGCUAAUUAUGAUUCAGGUUAUGCUUGUAUGAGUGAUCAUUCAUAUAGUCCGAAUACGCAAGAACAUAGAAUCAUUUUACGUGGAAUUGAAGAUUGUGAGGAAGUAGAUGAACCAAAUCAUCGUGUUUAUUGUUGUUACACAGAUAAUUGUAAUAGACAUGCUCCAAAAAUAACCAUUGGAACAUCAGCAGAUCUUACGACAACUGAAUCUGAACGUAAAUUAACUAUUCAAUGUUAUAUGUGCACUGAAUCCGGUUACAAUUGUUCUUUACCAUUGAAUUUUGAUAGUGGCGAUGAAAGCAGGGAAAAUGAUAUUGCAAUUGCCAGUUAUCCUUCAAAUUACGCUUGCAUGCGUGAUGAUUCGUAUGAUCCAAUUACUCAAAAACAUAAAAUCAUUUUACGUGGAGUUGAAGAUUGUGAGGAUGUAAAUGAACUAAAUCAUCAUGUUUAUUGUUGUUAUACGGAUAAUUGUAAUAGAGAUGCACCACAAAUAACCUUUGGAAUAUCAAUAGAUUUUACGACAAUUGAGUAUGAACUUGAAUCAACUAUUCAAUGUUACACAUGCACUGAAUCCGGUUUUUACUGUUCUUUUCCACUGUAUUUUGAUGAUGGUGAUGACAGUAGCGAAAAUGGUAUUGUAACUUCUAGUUAUCCUCCAAAUUAUGUUUGUAUGCGUGAUCAUUCAUAUGAUCCAAGUACUCAGAAACAUAAAAUCAUUUUACGUGGAAUUGCAGAUUGCGAGGAAGUAGAUGAACCAAAUCAUCGUGUUUAUUGUUGUUACACAGAUAAUUGUAAUAAAUAUACACCACAAAUAACCAUUCGCAUACCAGCAAAUCUUACGACAAUCGAAUCUGAACGUGAAUCAAGUAGUCAAAAUCAUAUAUCAUCAAUACUGCUCAUUGGUAUUACAAUUAGUUUUCAGUGUACUGGACCCGAUUACAAUUGUCGUUUACCAAUGAAUUUUGAUGGGGGUGAUGAAAGUGAAGAAAAUGAUCUUGUAACUGCUAGAUAUGAUUCAGGUUAUGUUUGUAUGAAUGAUCAUUCAUAUGAUCCAAUUACUCAGGAACAUAAAAUUAUUUUACGUGGAGUUGAAUAUUGUCUGCCUCUAGAUGAACUAAAUCAUCUUGUUUAUUGUUGUAAUACAGAUAAUUGUAAUCGAUAUGAACCACCAAUAACCAUUAGAUCAUCAGGAGAUCUUAUGUCAAGUAGUCAAAAUCAUAUAUCAUCAAUAAUACUCAUCAGUAUUACAAUUAGUUUUCAAUAUUUUUUAUUUAAUUAA